AUAUGAAAGGAAAACUUGCAACUAGACUUGACACAGGAGAACUUUAUCACCUGUUGAAUGCUAAAAUACAUCCUUGAAGGACCUUCUCAACUGCUCGAGGCAUAACCUCACCGGCGGUGGGCUUCAUCUGUUCGUGUGUGCUCAGUGCUGUUCUUUGUCCUGCCUGCGUGUGGUUGUUAUGAUGAUACAUUUGAGCAGCGUCCUGUAACAGUAGAACAAAUAUCCGGCGCUGGAGUUUCUUAGCGACGGAAGUAGCACUUCAGAGGAACAUCAUUCCAAACAACACAGACUCCACCGUUAGCGGUUCAUUUCAACAGCACAAAUACACAGAGGUUCAGACAUUAAGCCCUGUCUGGAUACGCCAUUGCCUGUGGAAUCUCAUUGGACAUAAUCUGAAAUGAGUAAAUAAACUAAACGUCAGCUUUGAUGGCGAGUUAGAGAUCAUAUGGCCCAUUUAAGCCACCCAGAAAGACCCAAUCAGUAAUACAGGGAUAUAGAAAGAAAACUAGAGAAACCAUCUGUUUGUAAUAUAAGCAUACUGAUUGAUCCCAACGAAGCCUUGCUUGAAAUUGAACUUUGUGAACGAUAACAAUAGCUGAACAUUUGGAUGACCUUUAAGCUGAAUGUAUCUGUCAUUUGCUAAUGAAACAACAGGAAAGCACCAAUCAUAGCCCUUCAUCUUUAAGAGCAAGGGGUACGCGUGCCUUCUGAGAAACCGUCUCCGUGAGAUCCUGGUAAAGUCAAGGGACAUGUUUUGUUGACUGGAACUUAUAAAAAGAAAGAAAAAUAUCUGGAUUGGUGGAUAUAAACAGACACAGACGAAUAAAACAGUGGAGAGUCUCGAGCCCUCACCGGAUUUGCAAUAGAGCAUAUCCAAGUUGUGAAAUUCUCUUCGACGUUUUCCAUGGGAACUGCUCCAAAGUGCAUUGAGAAGUGCCUCCCGGGAGGUCUUGUUAGAGUUUGAGUCAUAUUGUGUGGAUCGAACGUACAAGUGCAUUUUUCAGCUCAUCUCUGGUGGGUAAUGGGUCUGUUCGGAGGAUUACCGUGAAGACAAACGCCUAGCAAAAUGUAGAGCUUUCACUUUGAUCCUUGCUUCUUCAUAAGUCGAAAGGGAUAAAACAAGCCGAAACUGCCUCUACCAAGCCAAACUUACACCUUUGCUGAGUAACAAAACGCUUGUCACACCCAGGCGAGCGUGCACGCUAAGAGGGAGAUCAGUGAAGAGAGAGUUUGUUAAGGAGCGACACAACCAGGCACAGAAGCAGAGAUGGAUUAUAAACAUGAGCCGGUGAGGAGAGGGGACAGCUGGGGUGGGCCAACUGCCACAUCAUCCACCCCUGACAGGGCUGUAGGAGAGAAGUCCCUGGAGAGAACCUGGAUCUUGGAGAGAGAUGAACACUGUGGGGUCAAAGGAAAACCAGACUUGACGACGUGCAUCAGCCAGGUGGAACGGAAAACAAACCUCAGCAGAAGUGCCAGUUUGUCAGAGAAAGAGCUGAAGGAGGCGCGAACCAAAAGUCAGAUCAUCGCUGCUCAGCUCCAGGCCAACUCCAACUCCAAAGGUGUCCAGCUCUUCAAUCGCCGUAGACAGAGAGUAAACGCUUUCACGCUUGUGAGUGUCGGAGGAGGCGGAGCAGAAGAGUCCAAGAAUGUAAUUGAUUCACCUUCUAAAGGUCCAUGGGACAAACCACACUCAGCUAAGGACUGCAAGGAGUUAAAUCACAGAAAUAUCACGUGGUCAGCCAGCAAAAUCCACAGUGGUGGGCGCAACAUGGAGGAUGUAAGCGAAGUUACGCGUGGGGAUGUAGUCGAGGAACGUGAAAGACACUUUCUCCCUGUCAAUGAGAAAGAUGAGGAGCUUUCAGAAGGUCUUACAGAAGCAGUAAAGAAUGAAAUUACUUCUGGAAGUGACAGUAAUACUGUAGUUUUGGACUGUGUUGCUCAGGAGGAACCUCAGGAAAAUGGAGGACACGCUCACUCUGUAGAUGCCAAUAAAGACUUGAACGGAUACAAUAUGCAGUGCAAUGGAAAAAUUACCAAGGCGGUGACAACAAAAACCUCCAUUAUCAAUCGAACGGCUCGGCCAUUUUUCUCCCCAACAACAGUAGGCUCUUCAGAAGUUGUAAGUCCAGUGAUGGACAUCCCACCAGAUCCAUCCUACGACUCCCCACCGUUACACCCCUUCCAAGAGCCCCCUUCCAGAUACUUUCAACCACAAUCUUACACAGCACACACACAACCUGUCUUCUCUCAACCACCUCCUCCGCCUUCAUAUCCAACUCCUCCACUCCCAUCCUACUCCAUCCCACCUUCACCUGACACAGCCAUCGCUCCCUCACCCCAACCUUCCUCCUGCUAUAUUCGGCCAUCUGCCCCCAGACCCACAUUUGUUCCUGAGCUCUUGACCGAGAAGAGGUCUGUGACACCCAUCAAAACCGGCAUCCUCGAUGAGGGCUCGGCUCGCCGGGCAACCCGCAAGUCCAUGUUCACAUUUCAAGAGAAGCCCAAAGUAGCUCCAAACCCUGAACUCCUCUCCUUGGUGCAAGGAGCCGAUGAGAAGAAGAAACAGAAAGCCCAGCCAGAUCCAUCGCAAGAGGAGGAGCUGCUGGCUCUCGGCGCCGAAGCCUCAAACUUUCUAGCCAAGGAGGAGGUUGUUCACGAGGACGCGUUGGUGCCAGAGUGGGCCUCGUGUUUGAAGAGCUCCAGGACGCAUGCCAGGACAGAGCACAAGCCUGAGCAGGCCCUCACCAAUGCUUCGGGGAAAGGAGCUGAACUGUUUGCCAAACGCCAGUCUAGGAUGGAAAGGUACGUCCAUGAUAGCAAGGAGCGGAGGAGGUCUCCCUCUCCGACCAUGUCUUUACCGCCAUCCUGGGUGUAUCCAUCCAACAUGCCUGGUCGAGUCAAAGCCAUUGUUAACUCUUCAAACGUCAGUGCACAGAUUUCGAAGACGCUGAAAGCUCACCACGGCACACAAAAAAAGACUCUGUUCAAAACGCCAGAACCUUCUCCGGCUCAAGAGGUGCCUUUGGAGAACGGCUGCACAAAAUUCGAAAUGGAGUUGUCGAAACAUCAGCCAUACCAGCUCAACUCAUCUCUCUUCAUCUUCAACCCAACUAAAGAUCCAUAUAGCACUCUUCCGAGAGCGGCCCCGCCUCCUAAGCCCGUCAUGACAGGCUAUACUUUCUCCAGGCAAACCUCGCUUCCCACAAGUCAAUUGCCAUCACCAUACAGCCCGUCUGCUGCCUACAGGUCCGACCAUUGCUUUUCUCCUCCCAUGAUGCCUUGCAGUCCCAGCAUCAGUUCUCCAGCGUCUCCUUUUGCUCCAGAACGAGUGGCAUCGCCCCGCUCUGGCGUCCAGGCGCCCAGACCCACGUUCUCAACUAAAAGAGCUGGCAUCACCCCACAGAUCAAGGAGGAAACCCUGAUACCGAUCCCUAGCCCUGGUUCCACAACCCCGACUUCAAGGACACCCAACCUCACACGACGCUUUACCAGUCCAGAUGUGCAGUCCAGUGCAGUCAGGUCUCCCAGCAGCCCCGUGGUGACCAACACAUCCACUAAUCCCAUCUACAAACCCACACCAACCUCCCAUUCCCCCCGACCGAUCCAUAAGCUCGCCACAACUUCUCCAUCUCCAGGAACCCUCUUCAAGCCACCCGUCACCUCUCCUCUAUCUCCACGCUGGGAAAACCGGUGCCAGUCCCCGGCCGUCAUCCAAGACAACAAAGCCAACCACCGAAUUUUGGCCAAAAACAUCAUUAACGCUGCCAAGAGAAAAAACAGUCCAUCUCCAGGUGCUCUAAGCGGACACAGCCUGCCCAUCUCCCCGGUGAGCGCUGGCAUGUCACCUUAUGAUCACAAGCCUGCAAGCCCCUUUCAGCCACGGAUGCUGGGCGCUCAGUCACCCAUUCUUACCAGUCCAUCUCCCACCCGUAUGAUCCACUCUCCCGUGCGCUUGUACAACACUCGCUCUCUAACUGAUUCUGACGCCUCAGUCGAGUCAGAGGAUUCGGGUCUGCGCUCUCCUGGGUUGCGCAGCUACAACACCUGCCCCCGUGGAUGGACCGCCGGUUUGCAGGUGAAGAGAGGGAGUGUGCCUGAGGAUCUGUAGGAAGCACUUGUACACGAAUGUAGUUCAGUCUGAAAUUCAUUUAGAACGGGAUCUUAUGAAAAUUUUGAUUGUUGAAUGUAUGAAAUGUGGGAUUUGCUGCACAUGGCUACAUUGCAUUUGUUAUCAUGUUUAUGUGUGAUUAAUUUUUUACAUGUUAUGGAAUGAAAAUACAGUUAUCAUUAAUUAUUGUGGCAACAUUCGCUUAUUGCUGUUGAGUGGGGCACUAAGGAGAUGCGAGGCAGAGUUUUACUUUUGCGUACUGUAAAAUCAAAGUGAAUAGGAAGGGAUGCUGGAAUAUCAGACAUCAAAUUCUUUCUGAAGCCAUACAUUUUUGUGAGAAACAGACUAAAUAUAAAUGAAGAGUUUGGUUCCAAAAUGGGAUAACUCUGAUUUUUUUUUUAAAUCUUGUUUUUUAUUGUGCAUUCCAAUUAAUAUCAGUCAAACGGCAGUUGGUUUGUUUUGUUUAAGCCAUAAUAACAAAACAAAAAGCCAACUAACACAUUAAAACA